GCCAUCAGAGCGGACAGAGCACAGCAACUGUCAAUGAACAACAGCCCAGAGGGGACAAGAGGACACUUAUAGCAAACCAAAUAAAGCAAAGGAACUGGACAGCUUGAAUCUCAGCUUAUCCAAUAAACCAGACACUCCUAGUCCCUUGGAUCUUAUCUGUCAGCACUGGGCAUAUCAAGCUGCCUUGAUUUUUUUAAACCAAGUGUCUCUCCCAUACAUCUAAAGCCACAAAAAAACGUCUCCCUGUGACUCAAAAGAACUUGUAAAGGGAGAAGACCUUAGAGACUAAAGAAAGUUGGGACCGAACCUUGUGGUACACCAGAAAUGCACCAUGGACAAGGACAAAUUCUCACGCAAGACCCUGACUGCACCAGCCCCAUUUGCUGAUGAAUCCAGCUGCCAGUGCCAAGCACCUCAUGAAAAACUGACCAUUGCCCAGGCCCGCUUAGGAACACCAGUUGAUAGGCCUGUUAGAGUGUAUGCAGACGGGAUAUUUGACCUCUUCCACUCAGGUCAUGCAAGGGCACUUAUGCAAGCAAAAACACUGUUUCCCAACAGCUACUUGUUGGUAGGAGUUUGCAGUGAUGACCUUACUCACAAAUUCAAAGGUUUUACUGUGAUGAACGAGGCAGAGAGAUAUGAAGCUCUCAGACACUGUCGCUACGUGGAUGAAGUCAUCAGAGAUGCACCAUGGACUCUUACUCCUGAGUUUCUGGAAAAACACAAGAUUGACUUUGUGGCUCACGAUGACAUUCCAUACUCCUCUGCUGGUUCUGAUGACGUUUAUAAGCAUAUCAAGGAAGCAGGUAUGUUUGUUCCAACACAAAGAACAGAAGGCAUCUCAACAUCAGACAUCAUCACCAGAAUUGUCCGUGACUAUGAUGUAUAUGCCCGGCGUAAUCUCCAGAGAGGGUACACAGCCAAGGAGCUGAAUGUCAGCUUUAUAAACGAGAAGAAGUACCGUUUCCAGAACCAGGUGGACAAGAUGAAAGAAAAGGUCAAGAAUGUGGAAGAAAGAUCAAAGGAAUUUGUUAACAGAGUAGAAGAAAAGAGUCAUGACCUAAUUCAAAAGUGGGAAGAAAAAUCAAGAGAAUUCAUUGGCAACUUCCUGGAACUGUUUGGGCCAGAUGGCGCAUGGAAGCAGAUGUUCCAGGAGAGGAGUAGCCGGAUGCUGCAGGCGUUAUCUCCGAAGCAGAGUCCUGUGAGCAGCCCGACCCGGAGCCGGUCCCCUUCUCGAUCUCCAUCUCCUACCUUCUCCUGGCUCCCAAACAAGACCUCUCCCCCCUCCUCACCCAAAGCAGCCUCAGCCUCCAUCAGCAGCAUGAGUGAAGGGGAUGAGGAUGAGAAGUAAAGGUGCCUGGUCAACAAGAGCACACCACACAGGAUGGGAAGGGCUCCCGGGAUGCCUGGGUGGUAUUGAGAGCUGCAGUUCUGCUGGGAGAUGGGAGUUCUGCCAUGAGAGUUACUAGGGCCAGCUCUUUUUCCUUCUUCAUUCAGUCUGGCCUGGGCUCAGCAUGGAGGUUUCUGACCUGAAACCCCACACAGACCUUCUUAGCAUCCUACCUAGAAGCACCCUCACUUUAGCCCUGCUAUGGAAAAGUUCAGAGCACUCCAUGAAGUGGGAUGGGUUCUUCUUUGGUCUACAUGUCUAUCUGUAGCCAAUAAGCCACCUGCAGAUGUGGCUGCUGCCUUGCCCUGCUCUCUCCAGCCCUCAAAGAGCCUUGCACGUUGCCCCCUAUCACCCACGCUCUCCCAGAAUGAAUUCCCUUCCCACUGAGUUGGCUAAGUGCUUCCCCAAUGGGCAAGUUAAAGGUAAAGUCCAGCCUUCCCAGUUCAGCCACUAAGGCUGGAUGGAAUGCACCAACCCUUUCCCACUUCAGGACCCUGCCUCAGAUGCAGCUUCGCUUUGGUCAGAUAGAAAAGUGUGACCCUUAAUCUCUCAUUCAAAGGACAGUUGUGUCAAGGUGAACUCCACCUAAGGCCUGCCAUGUCUCUGGCUGUACGUUUUCAUCUUUGGCAUGAGGAGACUGUUUUCCUGAAAUUACCUGAAUUGAUGGGAAUCACAACAAGGAAACCCGUCUUAUUUAAAAAAGGAAACAACCACAUAAACCUUCUUAGCAGGAGCUGCUUUGCUUUGGCUCCAUGUAUUGAAGAUGAAAAGUAUCUCUUGGAGCUUCUUAAAGGAUCGGCUCUUUCCAUUUCUGACCACAUCACAGUUCAUAGACUCGAAUAACACAGUUUGAUGUAACAAACACUUAGUAUACCGAUAGGGGGUGCUACCUGCACGUAUCUGUUCUAUGUAUCCUCCAAUACGCCACCCCAGGGUGUAUACCAUAUGCAAUAUGAAUAUAUGGUGGCGGUGUUGGACUCUGUAUCCCUCUCCUGCCCUCCCCCAUGACACACUGCUGAAAUGCUUGAGCUCAAGAACCGCCUGGUUCGCUCCUGACUUGGGCACUUUGUCAAAAGCUCAAUCAAAUGUUAAGAUUCCUGUAGACAUGUUUGUCCCAGAAAAUUCCUGUUGUUCUUCACCCAUGACAUUUUGUGUAAAGGGAAGGCUCCAUCUUUUGAAUGGUCUGAGAGACACUGAAGUUAUUUCUGGCCCUUGCUUCUUCAAAUGGGAUGGAGACUCUCAGAUGACUGGAGAACUACAUGGGGCCACUGUUCCUUAAUCACAUGUAGGGAAUGAGCAGGUCCAGUCAAGGUUUAGAGCUAAUCUCUUAGAUACAAAUAGAAUUUCCUGAUUAUCCUAGUAAAGACAGACAGACAGCACUGCAGCUUGACUGAUGAAGGCCUUAACAUGUAACUGGUGGGCAAAGUCCAGCACCUCCAGUGACAGAAACACCCUCUGCCUUCAGAGGCUUUGGGAACACGCAUUCUGGGGGGUAGGCAGACAAGUGAUAAAGAAAGGUACCUGUCUUUCCCCUUUGUGUUGGGGUCAAACUACCUCCCUGCUCACCUGAAGAUCAGUGGUGACUGUUGCUAAGGCAACCUGGAGCCUCCUUGUUCCUGGUACUUCUUCCAGAAGUUUGCAAAGUGCUCAUGAAAGACAGGGGGUGGCUGGGAACUCAGCCUGGGAGAAAGAAAGUUCUUUUCAUAGUCAAGGCCCUCUCAGAGAAUCACACUCCCGAGGCAAGCGCUUCCAUUCUUCCAUGGUAUCGGUUUGACCUCAGCCUCCCUACCCAGGACAAAUUGUGCGUGUAUGCCUUCUAUUUCAGCCAGCUGACACUUGUGGCAGUGCAGGGACAAGGGGAGCAACUGAGCAAAUGAAGAAGAGGAGAGGACGGUUCUAGAGAGAGAGGGGAAUGAAAGCUAAAAACAUCUACGUUCUUAAGCCACUUUAGCUUGUGUGUGCGGAGACUCUCUGGUUGAGGAAGCCUUUUUAAAAAGUUCUGAUUCUAUGACCCAGGGCAGAUAGGUCCACUUUUACCUAAGUCUUGCUCUGAGGCAGAGAGUGUAAAGGUGACAUAUCAGGUGAGUAUAAUUUUGCAGGCCCUACACACCAUCCUGCCAGGUGCCACAUACAUGACUCAUCAGAGAGCGCCACUGUAGCUGUGAAUGAUGGGAAGUGACAAACAUCAGAAUCAUCAGACACUUAAGUGGGUUUAAACCUCCUCCUCAGUUCGCAACAGCAUCUCCUCACCUUCCCAAAGCCAUGAGCUUUCCACAAAGAAAUGGGACUGAUUCUGCUAGCCAACCUUUGGUCUUUCUUGACCAUCUUGCAGGCCUUCCCAGCCCUGACCCAGUUUACCUCCCCGGCCCACACCUGGGAGGAGCCGUGAAUGCUUUGUGUGGGUUCUUCAGGCAAUUCUCAUGGUCAAGGGCAAGUUAAGGAUCGAAUGACAGCAUAAAGUGUGCUGCAGGCUUGGAGAAAUAAGAAAAGGGAUAGAAGCCAGGGAAUAGGCUCCUUUUCCUCCAGGAAGGGAAAGAAGCUACUUAGGGAAGAUGGAAAAACUGACACUGGAGUUGGUGAGUAUGGGAGGAUUUAUAUUUUCUACUUUCCUUCCAGGCAUCACUAAGAAGGAGGAAGGCUUCCUAUUGUAUCCUUCCAUGGCUAGUGGAUUCCCAUGCAGCAGGUGGGGUCCUGGCCUCUCCAGCUUCUUUGGCAUAUUAGCAAUUCUCAGAUCUCCCCCACCCCCAGAAACCAAGUGCUGACUCUCCAUGUAAACAACAGGGGUGUAGUUGUAAUAUGGUGUAUGGCCCACGUCUGCCACGAAUUGUCAGGAUAACCCAGAGGCAAAGGUAAACCAGCCUUGUGACAGGCUCAGUGUGGCUUCCGACAUGUAGUGGGUGCGGGAGACUCAGCCAUUCUAUGACGUAGGCUACAAGAUACUGCGGUUUCACUGGUGGGUUGUGGCCACAGGAAGAACAUGGCUUAUUUUCCCUCAAUCUUCAGGACUCGUUUUAAUGCCCAGUCCUACCCCACAGACAAGACUGGUUUUCAGGCAUCUACUCAGCAACUCCAGUCUUGUCCUAACCAUCUGAUGAGGAAGGAAGGAAGCAAGCAAGCAAGCAAGCAAGCAAGCAAGCAAGCAAGUGAUAAGUGAGCUCAUUAGGCAAUUUUUUUUACUUCUCUAGUUUUCUGUUGUAUCGCUACAGUGUGUCUGGGGACAAAGCCAUAAGAACAGCCUAUCUACUUAAAAUUCUGCUGUACAUAUAAGCCGAGGGCUCAUCUGGAUUCAAGAAUGAUCUUAUGCCCAAGCAUUUGCUCUGGUGCUGAAUAGUGCAAACUACUGGAACCACCCCGCCCCCACCACUGAAACCCCUAGACCCAAUCCAGUCCCCUGAUCCCAAAUGGACCACAGUAUUCCCAACUUGUUUAUAAAUAAAGGGACGCAGAGUCACA